CUCGAACCUUCGUCCAGCCUACCUGCGGCAGACACGUUUACCUUGCGAGCGCCGACACCACGCCUGCACCGAGUCAAUAUUCAUCAUUGGCAUAACUACUUCUGUACCCAAGCUUUGUGGAUUUGCGAACUCGCGAGCGUCAACUUCUUUCUCCUCCUCGCUCUCGGCGCAGGCCAUUGUCGGCACAAAAUUCUGCCCCUUCUCGACCCCUCGCCGUAGCUGCACCACCACUACUCUCACCACCACGUCGGCGCGGAGAACAGAUAUACACGCAGACGCAGGGACCGCCACUACUGCCCACGAUGCCUUCGGCCACACCGGGCUACGCGCCCGACCUCGAGAAAUACCUCAAGUCGCUCAAAGGGCAGCCAUUGGAGGCGGCCGUAGAGAAGCUGAUAUCCCUCCUCAAGCGAAGACAGAUCCGGGGGUCCGAGCCCUGCGCCGUCGCGACCGCCCACAUCCUCCUACAGGUCGUCGCCCGCUCCAAGUGGCAUGAUGUCGACAGUCUCCUCGACAACGUGGGCGCCGUCGGCAGCCGCCUCGCCAAGGCACAGCCUCGCGAGCUUGUCGUGGCCAACAUUGUCAGGAGAGUGCUCGCCCUGAUCCGUGACGAGGCCGCCGAGGAUAGAAACGAGCCGUCGAGCGAGACCCAGAGCGAGGCCCCCAUGUCUCCGUCCACCACGGCCGUUCCGGGACUUGCCAACCCGCCUUUGAACCAAAACAAGCAGGAUUCUGGCGUCGACUCCAUUCCCAGCGCCCCCGCCCCUCAAGCGCCGUCAAGACCAGGCCCUGUGCCCUCGUACAGCUCCGUCAACGUCCCCAAGUCGCUCUUCCACCUCCUCUCCGCCUCCCCUCCCUCCGACGGCACCCUGAUGGGAUCUGGCUCCCCCUUCCGAACUUCGGGCACGUCGACACCAACAAACAAGGGCGGGUCCGUCCCGUACAGCCAAGUGCACUCUUUGCGUUCCGAGGUCAUUGAUGGCAUCGAGGAGAUCAAGGACGAGAUUAGCCAAGUGGACGACCAGAUCGCGGCGUUGGCAGAGGUGCAGAUCCACCCAGGUGAUCACGUUCUCGUGCACCAGCCCUCACCCACAGUCGAGCGCUUUAUCCUGCGCGCCGCCAUCAAGCGCAAAUUUACUGUCCUGAUCGCAAUCGAGGCGCCGCGGAAACGCGACAGCGAUGAGACGCCGUAUGCAGUCUUCCGUAAGAAGCUCGCGUCGGCCGGCAUCGCCGUCAUUACCGUCAGGAACUCGGCGCUCAUGGCUUACAUGUCGCGCGUUGACAAGGUGAUACUCGGCGCUCGGGCUGUCGUAGCCAAUGGGGGUGUAGUUACGGACGCCGGUGCCGCAGCCAUCGCGAGGGCAGCGCGGGAGCAGGGCAACGCAGUCAUCGUCCUGUCGGGCGUAUACAAGCUCAGCCCAGACAAUCCAUUCGACGAGGACUCGCUGAUUGAGUGGGAUCAUCCCUCGACGUACGUGAGCUACGAGAACGGCAUCAUAGUCAACAAUGCCGAGAUCCGCACGCCGGUCAUGGAGCUGGUGCCGCCCGAGUUUAUCGACACUUACAUCACAAACCUGGGAACCCAUUCGCGAGACCACCUGUCCAGCCUGAUUGCAGACCACUACAAGCAGGAAGACGCAGGCUACCAGUUGUGGACGGCCCCGGCUCUGGCUCUGUAAGGGCAAGAGGUCGAACGGAGAGGGAGAGGGAGGCCGCCGCGAUGACUACUAACCAAUGCCUGGGCCAAGGCGAGCUGCAUCAUCAUGAUCAUGGCUGCACUUCACCGCAGAGGCAUCCUCGCAUCGGUUACCGGCAGCGGCAUGCCCGCGGGGCGUUGGCAAGUGGCAUCCUGGAUUAGUGGCCGCGUCAGCGCCCACACAGGUUGCAGGGCUCGAUUGGAGGAGGCGCCCAGUCUCCCGGGCUGGCGUGCGAUGGGCGCUUUUAGUGGGUUCAGCCCUGUAGGAGUGUCGUGACAGGCGGGCCACUUGGCAGGGUUGGUGGUGUGGGGUGCUGACGUUUGGGGAGACGUGGAUUAGACUGGGGUCGACGGUGAUGCACCGAAGAAGAGUCAUCCAGGCAUGCACGCUGUUGCUGCUUGGCCGCGACUGUGGCUGCGAGGCCACGAGUCCAUCCGGCGCCGGUUUUUACUAGCAGGGGCGUUUGUUUGGUGAAUGGGACAACAGCGUAGGUGGUGCGUGAACUGAGUGGGUGGAAUUGGUUGAUGUGAUGAGCUGAUAGAUAACACGACAAAGAGAACGCCGCAGCGUCUUCUUGUGCACUGUCUCUUCGAUUGUACUUCGUACUCCGCGCAAAAUACUUCCUUCG